AUGAGAGGCUGUAUUGCAUUGUUGUUGUUGGCAAGAUUUAUCGAUUUAUCCACGACACAACCAACCAACUCUUUGACCUGGCUAAGUUACCUUCGCAACCAAGCAUAUGGUCACGGUUAUGACCGCAGUCACAAUUACAAUCAUGCCUCUUUAAGAACAGAGGAUGAGCCUUCUGUGCUGGACUGCCCCUUGGAGUGCAACUGCCCUUCAACCUACCCCUACGCAAUGUACUGCAACAACCGCAACCUACAGCAUGUGCCAUUUGUACCAUCUCAUAUAAAGUACGUCUACUUGCAUAAUAACCAGAUCAUAGGCAUCACACAGGGAGUUUUUGACAAUGCCCCAAAUUUGGCAUGGAUAAGUCUCCAUUCAAAUAAGCUGAGAUCCGACAAGAUAAGUGACAAAACCUUUGCCAAACUACCAAACCUAGAACGGCUCUUUUUACACAACAACAACCUUAGCCGUGUUCCACAAGGUUUACCACGCUCCCUGCGUGAUCUACAAAUGAAUCACAACAAUAUUUCUGUAGUUCCGGCCGAUUCUUUCAGUGGAAUGAGCAACCUGACAGCCCUGCGUCUCCAAAUGAAUGCCAUUGAAGACCUUGGUGGUGCACUUGAGGGCCUUCUAUCCUUAACUUUUUUAGACUUACGAGCGAAUCGACUGAAGAAAAUUCCAGAAAGCUUGCCACCAAAGCUAAGCCAGCUCUACCUAGAAUACAACCAUAUAUCCAGCAUUCCUGCUGACUUUCUAAGCCACCGGCCCGAGCUGCGCUUUAUACGGCUGUCGCACAAUCUGCUCACCAAUGGUGGAAUUCCAGCCAAUGCUUUCAAUGUCAGCACACUUGUGGAACUCGAUUUGUCCUUCAACAAGUUGGAGAGGAUCCCAACAAUCAGCACCAAUCUAGAGAACCUCUAUCUGCAAGCCAACAAAAUCAAAGAAUUUUCACUAAGCAGUUUUUGCAGAGUUGUGGACAUGAACAAUUACUCUAAUCUGCGUGUACUGAGGCUGGAGGCCAAUGAAAUUAGCCCCCGAGACAUUCCCUCUGAAGCUGUACUCUGUCUGCGCCUGGCAACCAACAUUGACUUGUAG